CUGAUGUGCGCUGCUUCGUGCAGUGCGCUUAGAUACGUCAUGACGUGAAUGGCGCUCAGGAAGCGGGGAGGCCCCGAGCGGGCAGCUGCGGAGCCGUAGACCGGGGCCCUUCAGUUACGGUCCCGGGCUCGGUGACAGUGAGACGCGUGGUGAAAAAAUAAACCUUAAUAACCAGGCUUUAGGUCAGAGGUCACCGACUUCAGGGUCAAAGGUCACAGGUAGACCUGCAGGAGGGGGAGGAUAACGCCCAUCACCGGGCUUCUCGGGUGGUAGCCAGAGGUCAGGCGGCCUGCUGUGGAGGGGAUCCGGGCGGAGCAGACCGUAAGUGGGGCAGCGAGUGUCCGCCUGGGCGGUAGUUCUCCGGCAGGUAGAUGUCCCUGACGCCUCAGUGUCCGGAGUGAGACGGGGAUCUGGACACCCGAGGCGGGGGCCGCACUCCGGGGUUCUUGCCUGAACGGGUCGCCGCGCUGCCAUGGAGGGGAUGGACGUGGAUCUGGACCAGGAGCUGAUGCAGAAGUUCAGCUGCCUGGGCACCACGGAUAAGGACGUCCUCAUCUCCGAGUUCCAGCGCCUGCUGGGCUUCCAGCUCAACCCCGCCGGCUGCGCUUUCUUCUUGGACAUGACAAACUGGAAUCUACAAGCCGCCAUUGGAGCAUAUUAUGACUUUGAAAGUCCAAAUGUCAACAUCCCUUGCAUGUCAUUUGUAGAAGAUGUAACUAUUGGCGAGGGAGAGUCGGUACCACCAGAUACACAGUUUACGAAAACCUGGAGGGUCCAAAACACAGGAUCAGAGGCAUGGCCACCUGGUGUGUGUCUGAGGUAUGUUGGAGGUGACCAGUUUGGCCAUGUGAAUAUGGUAUUAGUGCGCUCGCUAGACACCCAAGAGAUGACCGAUGUCAGUGUGCCAAUGUGCAGUCCUAAUCAACCUGGCAUGUACCAGGGCCAGUGGAGAAUGUGUACUGCCACUGGUCUGUAUUUUGGAGAUGUGAUUUGGGUUAUUCUCAGCGUGGAGGCUGGUGGCCUCUUAGGUGUCACACAGCAACUAUCCUCUUUUGAGACGGAGUUCAACACUCAGCCUCAUCGCAAUCUUGGUGGAGACUACAACCCCUUUGCAUCACCUCAGAAGAGUCGAUCCCCAGAAGGGGAAAAUAUGGGAUCCUGGGAACCUGAAACAGAGACUCCUGAAAGAGAACAGAAUGGACUAUCUCAGACCUCUGUAAAUAUAUGUGCAACGGAUCAUCCAGCCAGCCAUUCUGUAGCAACUUAUAGAGAGAGUGUGCACGGGCCUUACCCCUUUGGAGAGUCCUAAAAGAAGCUUUAUUUUUCUCCAAUGCCUUGUGUCCUUUUCCCACUCCCUGAAAUAGGACAUCUUCUGCAAGAUACCUAUUGAGGAUGAUUUGGGGACAGUGGUGUUAGUUACCCUGUGAAUUAUAUUCCGGGUGCUGCCUUCCUUUCUCCUUCUGAAGAGGUUUUUUUGUUUUCUUUUGUGCACAACCUUUAGACACCAAGAACAAAUCAAAUGGGCAAAAAAAAAAAAGGAUUCGUAUAUAUUCAGGUGUAGGAGAUCAGUGUGUUUCAUUUUAAUACCGUGGUUUACAAUUGUUUAAUGCAAAUUAGCAAAUAAUUUGAUAAUUUAUUCCAACAGUUGUGUUCUUAAACAUGUUUAGCGGCAAGCCUAUCAGAAAGUGCAUAAGAAGCUGGGAGGGUUAUUUUAGGAUCUGUGAAACAUGCCAUGAUUUACUUUGUUUCCUAAAGUGCUAAAUUGCAAUUACUGGUACUGGCCUUUAAUCCAUAAAACUUUUCAAAUCAGUGGCAGUGACUUUUCAGAAGCAGCUGAUAUUGAAUUGUCGCAGAAAUUGUUUUAUUCCUUUUGGAGGAGAGGGGUGGUUCCCCAUUCACACAGCGUGCGAUAGAGAAGCAGAAUAGAAUUUGAGUAUGUUCCAGGCUUACAAUUAUAAUUAAAUAGGUGUCCUGUUACUGCACACUAGAAGAGUGAAUGAGAGUUGUAUGGAGGAGUUGCCAUUGAACACACUGCUCACUACACUCUCAUUCUUGUGCGGAGAACAUCUUAUGAUGCAGUACAAGCUCUCAACCGUUCACAGUAGUUUUGUUAGGCCAUUUACGUUUAAUGGCAAAUUCAAAAUGUUGUAAUUAAAUAUUGCUUAAAAAUACUUCCAAUAAUAUUUCCAAAAAAAACACAAGAUACUUUUGCUAUUGUAGAUUACUUUCUCUGCAUUCUUUCCCAUGUUUUCUAAGUUACUUGAAUGUCAAGAAAUAUAGUAAAAAUGUUUUUUUAAAGGAAGGAAUGUAGGGAAUAGAUGUUACUUUAGGUCUACAGGGUGCUUUAAAGAGAUUGUUAAACAUUCAUAUCAUUUAUUAGUGAACUCGUCCAUACUCUUCACAAUUAGUUUUACACUGUAGAAACCUUUCAAUGAAGACUCGUGCUGAAUUCUAAAGGUUCCGUUAAUUACAGUAAGCUAUAACAUUACAUUGUAUAUAUUUAAUAUCACUGUUGUAGGGUACAGUAUCCGCUACCCCUACGACUUAGUCACCUAGUCAAGGCUCUGUGUGAUCAAUUUUUUAUGGGAAAACACAUUAUCACUGAGCGUACUUGCUGCUUGACCCACUUAUCUUUACUAAAUGCUUCUUCUAAAUGUACUGUCUCUCAAUUCCCUCUUCCCAAAAAAACUUCCACAUAACUAUCAGUAUACACAUUCAAAAACUAAUUUGCCUAAUUGCAAGCAAAAUGAAAGCUGGUUUCCCGCAGGAAAAGUCUAAAUUCCCUCCUGUAUGUUUCCUUUAUAUCCUCCCUUGUGCACAAGUGGGAUUAUAAGUACCUCCAUGAUUUUAAGAGAUUCAUUUACUGACCAGGAACAGAUACUCUGUCGUGUUGAGCAGCCUGGAGACCUGAGUUUGGGAAUUCUUAUUUAAGGUUAUAUUGUAGAAACACACUUUCAAGCCCUGUCUCCAAAAUGGGGAAAAAAAAAAAAACAAAUAUUCAGAUGAUAAUAUACAGAUAUAAUUUUCGCAUAAAAAGCUACUUGUUUCUUGUAUUUUUUUAUGGUGUGAGCGUUCAGUAGGUAGGUUGCGUGCUCAGGGUCAGACAUGCAUGAGAUGAGUGUGCAGAGUGCUUGAGGGUUUUUUUUUUUUUUUUUGGGAGGGGGGGUUGGAAGGGAUUGGGUGAAAUGCUUGGAAAAUUCAAAAACCUGACAAAAAUCUGAAAAAUUAGGAUUUUUUUUCCUUACUGUUUAAAGAAUAUUUCUAUCAAUAAAUUAACGUGGAAAAAGUG